GAUUGCAAGGACUUCUCAGGAGAGCACGAAUUUCCUAAGCAGUUGAAAAAGGCAUGUAAGGUGAGAACAUUUUCAAGCAUAUACAAUUAUGGUACCGUGAGCAAACCUUUUCUUGAGGUCCUCUUCUCAACGUUCACGCUUCUGCGUGUAUUGAUUUUUUCCGAAACUCACUUUGAAGAGCUGCCAAGUUCCAUCAGAAAUUUGAAGCACCUACGGUACUUAGAUCUACAAUGGAACCGAAAAAUCAAACGCCUACCAAAUUCUUUAUGUAGGUUGGUGAAUCUGCAAACGGUUCAUCUUGCUCAGUGCGACCAACUAGAGGGCCUACCAAGAGACGUGCAUCAACUUGUCAGCCUUACAUAUUUGAGCCUCACGUCAAAGCAGAAGUAUCUACUAAAAAGUGGAUUUUGUGGUUGGCCUAGCCUGACGUUUCUAUAUUUGCAUCACUGCGUUGAGUUAACAUCACUGACAGAGGGAUUCGGCAGCCUCGCUGCCCUGCGGGAGCUGCGCAUCUUCAACUGUCCGAAGUUGGCUUCUCUCCCCUCUGCAAUGAAGCAGCUCUCCUCACUUGAGAAAUUGGUGCUUAAUAACUGCAAUGAGUUGGAUUUGAUGGAACCAGGGGAAGCCUUGAGCGGCCUGGGCAGUCUUCGUGCGCUCAACCUUGUGGGGCUUCCGAAGCUGGUGGGUUUCUCAGCGAGCUUCCAAUCUGCUGCGUCCUCUCUUCAAUAUUUUUGUAUCGGCGAUUGCCAAGGGCUGGAGAAGCUGCCAGAUUUCAUCCAAAGUUUCACUUGUCUUAAGAUAAUUGGGAUUCGUGACUGCCCCGAGUUGAGCAGGAGAUGCACGGCUGAAUCCGGCGAGGAUUUUCAUCUCAUCCACCACGUUCUGCGGAUUUACAUCGACAAUAAAAUCUGGGAAAAGAAUCGUACGUGAUGCCCCCCUGACGCCAGGCCUGUAGAGAACCGGCUGGUUUCAAGACUUUCCGCUCAAAGAAAAUUGCAUUCGAAUAUUUGGUUGGAGUGGCCUUCCAGGCUGGGCGUCCAUACUCUGAUACUCCUCGUGUAUUGAAGGCUUGAAGCGCAUCAUGUCUGUGUCAUUUGUGCUGCACCCUAUUGUGUACGCAUACAUGUUCGUUCCAUGCAUGCAUACUUUGUGUGUAAUAAUUGGGUACAUUUGCUAAUUGCUACAUAUUUGUGCAACUUUCAUGUGUAACAAACGGCACAAACGUACUAUGUACGGAUGUUUGAACUGGAUACUCAUGUUUGUAACUUUGUAUUUCUAAUAUCACAUCAUUUAUUUUGCUGGUAACAA